ACAGCGAGAACGAACGAACAAAAUCGGCCGAAUCCCGAGAGCGCAGACUGUGUGCGAGAAAUCUUUCACGUUCCCCCGUUGCAGUCCAAUCAUGGCGGCGUUCGUAGGACGAAUUUGUGGAUCCGGAUUGUUGAGCCCGAAAAGUGGCGCUACCUUGCAGAAGGUACAGAACUUCUCCACGAGUCGUGCAUGGACCAGGAGCCAAAAGGUACUGCUAGUUGCCACCGCUGCCGGUGUGGUAGUCGGUGGGGCCGGCGCACUGUUGUACGCGCUCGAGCAAUCGGUAGCCGCCUCGGGCACGGAAGUACAUCCGCCAGCUCUGCCCUGGAACCACAAGGGAGUCCUCGAUUCGCUCGACCAUGCAUCGGUUCGGCGAGGAUACGAGGUAUAUAAGCAGGUGUGCGCCGCAUGCCACUCUAUGCGCUUCAUUGCAUACCGCAAUCUGGUCGGCGUGACGCACACCGAGGCAGAGGCGAAAGCCGAAGCGGAGGAGAUUAUGGUACGUGACGGCCCAGACGAGGCUGGCAACUAUUUCAACCGGCCGGGCAAGCUGUCCGAUUACUUCCCCAGUCCGUACCCCAACGAGGAGGCUGCUCGGGCGGCCAACAACGGUGCUUACCCACCCGAUCUGAGCUACAUUGCGCUCGCACGUCACGGUGGCGAGGACUACCUAUUUGCGCUACUAACCGGCUACUGUGAUGCCCCGGCAGGGGUGGUGCUGCGCGAGGGGCAGUAUUACAACCCGUACUUCCCGGGCGGUGCCAUCUCGAUGGCCCAGGCACUCUACAGCGAGGCCGCUGAAUAUUCCGACGGUACCCCGCCGACCGCCAGUCAGCUGGCAAAGGACGUCUCCACGUUUUUGGUGUGGGCCGCCGAACCGUACCACGAUGAGCGCAAGCGCAUGGGAAUCAAGUCGCUCGGUAUCGUCCUCAUUCUGGGUGCCCUGUCCUACUAUAUCAAGCGGCACAAGUGGGCCGCUUUGAAGACGCGAAAGAUUUCCUUCCAUCCAAAGAGCAAGUAAAGGAAGUUUGUGGAAGAUAAUGGUGGGCUGAAGAGCGGAGCGGCGUAGGAUCGUUUGACAAAAGAGCGACAGCAACAGCAAAAUAAUUCACCAUACGCAAAUCCGUGGCAACGUCAGAGCAAUCGUUGUGAUGCAGUUGCGCGCGCGCGCUCAUGUGUAUGUGUGUGUGCGUGUUUAUGGUGCAGCGAGGGAUACCUUACAGCAAAGAAGCAACCAACCACCAACCUGCCAACUUGGCCAUUAAAAUAAGAAGCAUUAAAUUAGAGGAUGUCGCUUAUUCUCUUGUAGACCUAAACACGCGGAAGAACGCAAGCCCACACACAAACACAGAAAUGGCGUGAAAUGGAAAAAGCGUGCUUUUUGCUGCCUAGUUUCCGGCUAGUUUAUCCUUCAGCUGUAUGCUGUAUAGUUCAAUUAACAUGCCAUUGUACGAAUGAAAAUGCAUAAGAACACAAAACAUAACACGUAUAACGUACUGUAAUCGUCACAAACAAUUCGGAAUCGGAAUUCAUUAAUUUGACAGAGAAUUCGUGUUUCUCGCAUAAAAAACGGAGCGGUAGAUCGAACGGGACAUCCGAACAAUAGCUCUUACAUCUUCGGCACGGGCAUCAAUGUGCCCAAUAUGACGCUUAGAAAACGGAAUGACGGUAGGGAUCGUUGUGGGAGAACGCGGGAAUGGAAAGGUUGGUGAUUUGUAGCUUCAUUGUUGACGCUCUGUUGAAACGGUUCGGUGCGUUGAUCAGUGUGAUUAGCAAAAAACGAAAUAAAUCAUUAAAACGAAACGUC